AUGCCGAUUCACCACACUUACAUUGUAGAGCACCUGGACCCGGAGCUGGGCCCAUGGUCGGAGCUCGAGUACAUUGCCAUUGCGCGCGAGUCGGGCGAGGCCAAGGCGACCUUUGUGCUCUCGUCGCUGCCCGACGCUUUCAAGGUGCCCGAGAAGCUGGCCCAGGAGCCCGCCUUCAAGGCCGAGCGCCGCGGCGUCGAGGAAAUGUACCCCGAGGGCAACGGCAAGGAGAGAGUCUGCCUGCUGGACCCGGCCGCCGACAAGGACCUGAACCCCGACGACAAGGGCGAGUUUGACGUUUUCCUGUUUGGAGGAAUCUUGGGAGACGACCCGCCUCGUGACCGCACUUCUGAGCUCCGCAAGAAGGGCUUCACUGGCCGCAGACUUGGGCCAGUUCAGAUGACAACAGACACCGCUGUCCGAGUGACGCGAAUGGUCAUUGAGGAGCAGUAUACCCUUGGUAACAUCCCUUACACGGACCACCCCGACCUGAAGUUCAGCGAACAUGAAAGCACUCAGAUGCCGUUCCGAUAUGUAAAGGACAAGGACGGCAAGCCAAUCAUGCCCGAGGGCAUGGUUGAUCUCAUCAAGAAGGAUGCCGACAAGAGCAUUGAUGACUUGUUCUAA